AUGAUGGCCGUCGUCACGUAUACUGCUUAUGUAUUAGGGCUCAGUUGGAAUAUUCUGUUGAAUACAUGGCCAGAGUAUCGAGAACAUUGCCGGAAACCAUACCCUGAAAUCGGGUACCGCGCUAUGGGCAGAAUCGUCAAAGGCAUGCCGGCGUAUCAUCCGAAGAACUUUUUCUUAGCCCUAGGCACACUGCUGUUCGCCUAUGGUGGCCAUUCCGCUUUUCCCACUAUUCAGCAUGAUAUGAAAAACCCUGCAGAUUUCACAAAAUCUGUUAUCUUGGCUUUUACAAUCAUGGGAAUAAUGUAUGGUCCCGUGUGCAUUAUGACUUUUCUAACGUACCACGAUUCUAUAAGAGAUUCCAUUAUCCCCUCUAUUCAGACGACGUGGAUUCAACAAGCGAUCAAUAUACUGAUUACUGUACAUUGUAUUUUCAAUCCCCUGAAUCAGGAACUCGAAGAUCUCUUCCACUGCCCACAGCACUUUUGCUGGCAACGAGCUCUGAUCCGAACGUGUACGAUGCUAGGCGUUGCUUUCGUUGCUGAGAGCAUUCCGAACUUUGGUCCACUGCUUGAUCUCUUCGUAUUCGGCCUUAUUGGCGGUGCAGCUGCCACGUUUUCUGCUAUUGUCGAAUUGACCACAACCAGUUUUCUGUUGCCGUGUUACGUCAGCCCAUUCGUCCACAAG